AUAAAUUUGCUUUGUUGAUUUUACGAAAUGGUAAAUCGUUGUACCUAGCAAGAACACGAAGUGAAAUAUCCGAGAAUUUCAUUUUUUUCCAGUGCAUUUUUAUGUGAAAUUUAGGAGUUCUGGAGGCUUUCAUUUCAUUUUGUGUUUGCAAAUUACACUCAAAAUUGAUAGGAAAACGAACAGAUCCUCUUCUUGUGGGGACGGACCACCUAAAAGUAAGAGGCCUAAGCGUUCGUACGCGACCCCUACUUCUACGCCAUUGUUUCAUCUCCGUCAUCACGAAUCAACGGAAUCGUCGAUAGAUGCAUCGAAUUUAAUUCCUGAUCGUAAUUUACUUGAAAGUUGUGUGACAGAAAAAUCUAGUGAUUUACAGUGUGCGGGUGGUUUGAGUAAAAUGCAAGAACAAGGGAACUCAAACGACGUCAAUGCUUCUAGUGCAGCAGUUUCUGAAACAAAUGGCCAUUCUCAAAAUGGGGAUGCAAAUGUACAAAAUGGGGUCAACACCACAGUUGCAAACAAUGCACAAGUUCAUUUGGACAAAACCAAUCAAGAUAUUGUUCGCUUAAUUUGUCAAUAUUUGAAAGUGGUCGGACUUGAACGCAGCUCAGAGCUCUUGAUGCAAGAAUCUGGCUGUAAUUUAGAGCAUCCGUACGCCACGAAAUUCCGGCAACAUGUUAUGGCUGGCGAUUGGACUAAGGCCGACCAUUAUCUCCAAGAGCUUCAACCGAUGGUUGAAGGAAAGCAAUCAAGCAUCGAAAUGAAAUUCUUACUUUUGGAGCAAAAAUAUUUGGAAUACUUGGAAGAUAGUCGACCAUUAGACGCUUUGCAUGUUCUAAGAAAUGAGUUGACCCCACUGCAACACAACACACCGCGGGUCCAUCAACUUUCUUCGUAUAUGAUGUGCGCUAACAGUGAGGAUCUGUAUCGACGAGCUCAUUGGGAAGGCAAAGGCAACGUAUCUCGGACACGUUUAAUGGAUCGUCUUCAAACAUAUCUGCCAGCAACUGUAAUGCUUCCACCCCGUCGUUUACGCACAUUGCUCAAACAAGCCGUCGAAUUGCAAGCUGAAAAAUGUCCGUGCCAUGAUAUGGCAUGGGAAACGCAUAUCGACAAUGUAUGCCUUUUGACCGAUCACAACUGUUCGCAGGAUGGGUUUCCACUUCAAUCGCUUCAAAUACUCACCGAACAUUGUGACGAAGUAUGGUACUGUAAAUUCUCACCCGAUGGCCUUAAAUUAGCUACAGGCUCAAAAGACACAACUGUACAUAUAUAUGACGUUGACCCACAAAAAUUGACCGUUAAACCACGUCGGGCAUUGGAGGGCCAUACGUACGGCGUUUCAUUCGUUGCAUGGAGUCCAGAUUCCAAGCAUUUGUUAGUUUGCGGCACAGAAGAGAGUCCAGACUUAUUCAUCUGGAAUAUAGACGAGGAAAAGGUGGUCGUGAAAAUGUCCAAUUCUCCAGACGACAGUUUAGCGUGUGCUGCAUUCAACAAAGAUGGCAGCAGAUUCGUGGCUGGUGGACAGAAGGGACAAUUUUAUGUUUGCGAUUUAUCCGGUACAAUACAUGACAGCUGGGACGGAGUUCGGGUGAAUGCAUUAGCUUACCGUAGUGAUAACAAAAGUGUGCUAGCUGCCGAUACCCUCUAUCGAAUUCGCGAAUAUUCGUUCGAAACUCGGACCGAACAAAAUCUUGUUCAGGAAGAACAUCCCAUCCAAUCGUUUACAGUUAACUCAGCUGAUCGGCUAGCGCUGAUUAAUGUCAAAACGCAAGGAGUGCACAUGUGGGAUUUGCAAGAUAAAUGUUUGGUGCGCAAAUUUCAAGGUGUCACACAGUCUCUUCUAACGAUACACUCCUGUUUCGGUGGCGUCAACGAAAGUUUUAUUGCAAGUGGUAGCGAGGACUGUAAGGUUUACAUCUGGCAAAUUAGACGUGAAGAGCCAUUAGCUAAAUUAGUAGGUCAUACCAAGCCCGUGAACUGUGUAUCCUGGAAUCCAGUGUAUCCAGCGAUACUGGCAUCGGCAUCGGAUGACGCAACCGUUCGAAUCUGGGGUCCCCGAUCGCUGCAAUCAAAUCAAUCGGAAAGUGAUGAAUGUUCUUCAUGCUCAUCAUCGUCAUCGUGGAAUAUGACAACGUAAGAAAUCAAAUAAACGAAAAGAAAAAACAGACAAACAACAAGGUAGAGAGAAAGAGAUAGAGAGAGAGAGAGAGAAGUGCAACCGAAGCAUGAAAUCGGAACAUUAAUUUUCGGUUUGAUUAUGUUAAAUUAUAUUCGUUCUUCUAAAUUGUGUUCAACGUAGACUGAGAUGGGAGAAUUUGAUUUAGAAAUCAAUGAGUUUGUUUCAUUCAUUGAAAAUUUUCUCUUUAACGUCGUUACACUCAUGCAAUUCGCGGUACUGUUAUUAGCUGAUAAUGAUUAUCAAACUGUUGCAAAGUUUCAAUCUUGUCUUUAAUGUUAUAGCCAGCAAUAUAUUGGCAAAUAAUGCCAACCAGAGAACUGUCUUGAGAAUAUUUAACUAAUUUUAAUUCGUGCUAGUAAUUUCCAUUAUAAAUCAGUAAUUUUCGAUGUGUGCGACGGAAAUGUGUCUCAAAUAACUUUUUUUUUUCAAAUUUUUAUAAACAAAAUACAACAAUCAUUUGAAUGCUAGACGAUUUGAACGUUUCCAAAUGUUUUAAUUCGAUUUACGUUUAUUUUGUGAAUGUAUUUUGAAGAUCAAUAAAAAAUAUCAUUUCAA